AUUGCUGAAGAAAAACAAGACUUCACCAUGGCUGAUUCACUUCAUGCGGUUUGUGAUAAACUCAUCAAAAGGCAUCCUCAUAUCUACGGCGAUGUGAAGGUAGAUAAUGAAGAAGAUGUCAAACGGAAUUGGGAACAAAUAAAACUAAGCGAAGGCAAAAAAUCUGUGCUUUCUGGUGUGCCAUCUGGACUUCCCGCCAUGGUCAAAGCAUAUCGUAUGCAAGAAAAAACAGCCCAA